AUGCCUCUUGCGAGCGACGAAAAACCUUUUGCUCCUACUUUGUCGACAGAGGCAGGCGUCGGCAGCCACAUCAGUAACAGCAGCGGAAGCAGUAGUCUCGGCAGAGUCGUUGUCAUCUCUGGUGGCAGCGGAUACAACGACCUCGUGGGCGCGACACCCGAGGCCACGUUUGUUAUGCCUAUCAGCGACAACGGCGGCUCCUCGUCCGAGAUCAUUCGCGUACUUGGCGGUCCUUCGAUCGGCGACCUGCGCUCGCGCCUCGUGAGGUUGAUACCCGUGACGACAGCGACGGCACAGCACCGUCACGGCAGUGACUUGUCAUCAAGACCCUUGCCGUCAUCAAACGACGCCAUACACAGGCUGCUGGCCUACCGACUUCCCUCCACGGGCUCCUCGAGGGACAUCAAGCAGGAGUGGAUGGACAUCCUCGAGGGUCGACACAAGCUCUGGCGCGGCAUCGAGCCCGAGAGAAAGGAAUGCAUACGAGGCUUUCUUGUCCACUUCGAAGCCGACAUUCUCCGUCGUGCCCACCGCAACUUCAACUUCCGUGGCGGGUCCAUAGGCAACUUCUUCCUCGCCGCGGCCCAGAAGUUCUUCCGAAGCAUUCAGAGCGCCAUCUUCCUCUUUAGCGUCACGACGCAGUCCCACAGCCCUCUGCUGGGCGGUGCGAGGGUCUUGCCUGUCAUCAAUACAAACCACACCGCCACCAUUGCCGCAGAACUUGCCAACGGCGAGACCAUUGUGGGACAGUGCGAAAUUAGUCAUCCAGCCGUGGCGACAAAGACAUCGGCGAGCUCUGGAAGAACAUCAGCAUCGCAUACAGGGCCUGCCACCCCUGCAGAGAGCGUCAUCUUUGACCCGAUACAGCGCAUUCGGCACCAGCAGCAGCAGCAGAGGCCGAUUGGCAGCAGCAGACUGACCGUCGGUGCCUUUGGCGACGGCUUAGAGCCAAGCGGUGAUGAGGACGAGCGGAGUGACGACGAGGAAGAAGAGGACGAGAUAGAUGACGAUCGAAGCGAGGCAGCAGGGACCGAUGACGACGACGACGAUGUUGAUGACUACGUGCAAAGAGUAUCACGAAGGCACGGAAAGCGGCGGCCCAGAAGGCGGAGUGAAAACGAAUCUCGCCAGCUCCGAAACAUUGUCUUUUCAAAGACCGACGGUGGGUCCGAUGAGGAUGGCACACCGCCACUCUCUGCCCCCAUCGAGCGGGUCUUCUACGUCAACGCAUACCGAAACGAGGUGCACCCGGCUCCGAAUCCAGCCUUCCUCUCGUGCUUAUCCAAUGACGCCGCCACGCUCGUCUACUCCUGCGGGUCGCUCUGGACCAGCCUCGUGCCCUGCCUUGCGCUCAGAGGCGUUGCAAGGGCCAUCAAGAGCAGCCCGUCGCUUCGCUACAAGGUGUUGCUCCUCAACACGACACACGACCGUGAGACAGCGGGUCUGGACGCUGUCGACUUUAUAGAUGUAAUCUACCGCGCCCUGCUCCUCUACCCGCGCCAUCGCGACCAAGGGUACGAACCUCGCGACUUUGUCACACACGUUGUCUACUUCAAGAAUGGCUCAGUCAAGGUCGACGAGAGCAAGCUUCAGUCGAUGGGCAUCCAAUGCAUCUGCGCGAACUCGACGCUGUCAGCUUCUCGGCCUAGAUUCGACGAGGAAAGUGUCAAGAGAGCAUUGAGCGAGAUCGUCGCGUCCUCGUGA